CCUCCUAUUGCCCCGUUCCAUCGUUUUGGUCUUCUGGGAUUAGUCUUCUCCUCAGGCCGAAGAGAGACUGAGGCCAGCGAAUUUAACCAUUAUUUAUGAGCAGUUUUAAGGGGAGUGGUUUCAAAAAAAAAAAAGGGGAGUGGAUACGUGACAUGAUCUCAGGUCCGCUAAUUCAUCUACUUCUGAAAAAACUUUUGAGUCUACAACUUUGAUUUAGAGUGAUAAGUAACGGAUUAUUUUCCGAAAUUUCUAAAUGCGUUGGAUGUGCUACAUUUUCAGUCAUGGGGCAGACGGAAAUAUCCUGCCCCCAUCUUGCCUUCUCUAAUUGCACUUUUGACAUUGUGUUUUUUUCUUCUUCUGCUAAUUAUCUCUAAUAAUUAGUAUUUCUGUUUAACUUGUUUUUUGUAAUUGUUUAAUUAAAUUUAGCAAAUUAUUUGAUGAGUUCUUAACUAGGAAGCAAACAAAAUAUGGGACGGCUACAGAUAUGCAGUGAUUAGUCACUCAAUAAUCAUACAAAGAUUAUAAGACAAAGGAUAUGAAAACAUCAGUAAUUGGACAUGCUUCACUCUUUUUAAAACUUUUAACAGUGAAUGUCCUUAGGAUAUUCUUGGCCAACAUUGUUUUUUUGCUACAGAAAAACUGGAAUAUCUGUUUAUUCUAGCAUUUUUCUUCUUGGUUUCUCCAAUUAUUUUAAGUUAUCAUUUUAUUAAAUUUUCAUAUUCGCUUGCUAUAAAUUAAUUGUCCCAAGCUUAUUAGUUCCUCAGCCAAAAAGAUACCAACUUUCUUAUUUAUGGACUACGAGAAUUAUGACCCUUCUUUUCCUGACCAGCCAGUGGCAGACCUCUAUAUCCCAGUUUGGGCUAGCCUGCCUGCUUUUGGUUCCAAGCCAGCCUUCAUUUGGGUUGAAGAUGGCUCGCCUAGUGCCCGUUCAGUUCUUACAUAUUCUCAGCUAAAUGAGUCAGUUGAGUCAAUUUCUUCUCAUCUACUUGUACCACUUGUUAGAAGUGAUACUGUUGUCAUUUUAUGCCCUCCUGGUCUUCAACUUAUCGAACUCAUCUUCGGCUGUCAAAGAGCUGGCCUUUCGUGCAUACCAAUUUGUCCACCUAACCCUUCUUUUAAUGACCAAAGCUAUCACCACUUCGUACGAGUUCUCUCCCAGACGAAACCGAAAGCUGCAAUAGCUACUUGUGAUUACAUCGCGAGUGUUCAAAGAUACACUUUCUCAGUAUCUUCAACCUCCACUGAUGAUAAUAAGCUCGUUAAGUUGCUGCAACAGCUCAGAUGGAUUUCUACUAGCGAUCUCAAAGAAAAGAAUAAGUCCAGUUCUUCUUCGUAUAAUGGUUGCAGCACAAAUGAAGUCUACCUGAUUCAGUACACUUCAGGUGCUACUGGAAUUCCGAAACCUGUAAUUGUGACCGCUGGAUCAGCUGUGCAUAACGUAAGAGUCGCGAGAAAAGCUUAUGAUCUCCAUCCAAAUAGUGUUAUAGUCUCUUGGUUGCCUCAGUACCACGAUUGCGGCCUUCAGUUUUUGUUGCUUACUAUUAUCUCUGGAGCAACAUGUAUACUAACUUCACCUGCAGCAUUUUUAUCGCGGCCUAGGCUAUGGCUUGAGCUGAUUACAGAAUUCAAAGGUACCUGCACUCCUGUUCCUUCUUUCACAUUGCCGCUUGUUGUUAAGCGCGGUGGAGUAGGAAACGCUUUAACCCGUUUUUUAAAUCUGUGGAGUUUACGAAACUUAAUACUCAUUAACGAGCCAAUUUACAAGUCAUCAGUUGAAGAAUUCGUCAAUAUGUUCAAGCCUUUUGGAUUAAACCCUAGUUGCAUUUCUCCAUCUUAUGGGUUAGCAGAAAAUUGCACCUUUGUUUCAACAGCUUGGAGUAAAAACAAAAACAACAAUUUUGCUUAUUUUCCAUCCUAUAACAAGCUUUUACCUAUUGCAAAACUCAAUUCACAAAACGAUCAUCAAGAUGAUGAAGAAGAAGAGGACAUGGAGAUUCUAGUAGUAAAUGAAGACUCACACGAACCAGUUUCUGACGGAACAGAAGGUGAGAUUUGGGUUUCAUCUCCGAGCAAUUGUUCUGGUUAUCUCGGCCACCCGUCAUUAACCCGCGAAAUAUUCCAAGCAAGACUCAACAACAGCGUCCGCCGGUGCUUUGUCCGAACCGGUGAUCGAGGAAUCAUUAAAGGAGAAGAACGAUAUCUGUAUGUAACCGGACGAUGUUCAGAUGUUAUCAAACUCAAAAAUGGCGAAGAAAUACAUCCUCAUUACAUAGAAACUGCAGCUUAUAAAAGCUGUCCUAAGUUUCUUCGCGGAGGCUGUCUGGCUGCUUUGGAGAUUUCGAAUACAAUAACUAUUGUUGCAGAGAUGCAAAGAAGUGAAAAAGAUUCCGAAGCUUUGAAGAAAAUAUGUGAAAGAAUCAAGAAAGGUGUUAUGGAAGAAGAGAGGGUGGAAGUAGGGUUAGUUGUGCUUGUGAAGAGUGGUGAUCUUCCGAAAACAACUUCGGGCAAGAUUCAAAGAUGGGCGGCUAAAAAUAAGCUUAUUGGUGCGAAAAUGAGUGUAGUUAUGGAGGCAGUGUUUAAUAAUAAUACCGGUGAUAAUGUGAGGUUGUCGCCGUUUGCCGGAGAAAAUAAGAUUAAAGAGAAAGAAGGUAGAAGAAUAAUAGGAUUUGGUUCACUUUCCGAUACUGUAACUCGUCCAUCUCUGCAUUCUCAUUUGUGAGAGCAACUUUGUCUUCCUUGAUAACUACUUUUGUAUUAUCUAAUACUAUCCUUUGUAUGAUUUGCCA